CCGCGCGCAUUCGCAGUGGAACACGAGGUAUUAAUAGCCUCGCGUCACGCAAUUCGCUUUCGCGUUAUUGCUCUCGAGCAACGCAUGAUAUCUCUUGGACAAAAACGUACGAGCUCUUUCACAGUGUGGUGCAAAAAUCUGUAUCUCGUGAUCCUUAGCUCCUGAAGUUUUAUAUAUUCUCUGCCCCGCGUCCGAGACUGUCACUAUACAUCUCCUGGAAUCGGUGCUCUGCUCUGUAGCAGAUACAAAUUGACCGUCAACAGAUAGGAUGGGGCACCUUGUGACCGUUGCGGCAUGUUCCCUUAAUCAGUGGUCGUUGGACUUCGAGGGCAAUGUAGCUCGCAUCAUCGAGAGUAUCAAAAGAGCGAAAGCUGCUGGGGCAACUUUGCGCGUCGGUCCAGAGUUGGAAAUAACUGGCUAUGGUCUACUUGACCACUUUCUAGAGCAGGAUGUGUUUCUACACAGCUGGGAGAUGUUGAAGAAGAUUCUCACCGAUGAGAGCUGCAACGGAAUUCUUUUGGAUAUUGGAAUGCCAGUUCUGCAUCGCAACAUAAGGUACAACUGUCGCGUAUUGGCUCUAGAUGGCAAGAUCCUCCUUGUAAGACCGAAGCUAUGGCUUGCGAAUGAUGGUAACUAUCGUGAAAUGCGAUACUUCACGCCUUGGUCCAGGCCUCAGCAUGUAGAGCAAUUGUAUCUUCCAAGGAUGAUACAAGAUAUUCAGGGUUCUGUCACAGUGCCUAUUGGAGAUGCUGUCAUAUCUACACCUGAUACUUGCAUCGGAGCGGAAACAUGUGAGGAGCUCUUCGUACCGAACUCCCCACACUCAAAUAUGUCCCUGAACGGCGUCGAAGUCAUCACCAACAGCUCAGGGUCGCACCACAACCUGAGGAAGCUCAACAUUCGAUUAGAACUUAUUCAAGAAGCCACAAGAAAGAACGGGGGAAUCUACAUCUACUCGAAUCAGCGUGGUUGUGAUGGAGACCGUCUGUACUACGAUGGAGCGCCUCUCAUUCUGAUAAACGGUGAGGUCGUUGCACAGGGCAGUCAAUUUGCACUGAACGAUGUUGAAGUCAUCACUGCGACCUGUGACCUAGAAGAAGUGCGCGCCUAUAGAUUUGCGCCUUCACGAGGGUUGCAAGCAAUCCAUGCACCGGCUUACCAGAGAAUCGAGACCAAAUUCAGUCUAUCUCCCCACGAUGACAACCUGGAUUUCUCUGUCGCCCCGUCCCAGGGACGACCAAUUUUCUACCAUAAGCCAGAGGAAGAGAUCGCUCUCGGUCCAGCCUGUUGGUUAUGGGACUAUCUCCGACGCUCAAAGGCUGCCGGCUUCAUUGUACCUCUCAGUGGCGGAAUCGACAGCUGUGCUACGUCAGUCAUCGUCUUUUCGAUGUGCCGUUUAGUCAUGGACCACAUCAAGCAAGGAAACGAGCAAGUCAUCAGUGAUGUGAAGAGAAUUGCUGGUGCGCUGGAAAAGGAGGGUUGGAUGCCCAAGACCGCUCAGGAGCUCUGCAAUAGAAUCUUCCACACCGUCUAUCUCGGGAUGAAGUCGCAAUCUUCACAGGAAACGCGAAGCAGAGCAGAACGCCUUGCGAAGAAUAUCGGUGCGUAUCAUAUUGAUACGAACAUUGAUCCUGCUUUUGGAGCCUUCAAAUCCUUGUUAGCUGAUGCCACGGGCUUUGAACCGAAUUUCAAGGUCCAUGGUGGCUCAAACACAGAGAAUCUAGCUCUGCAGAAUAUUCAGGCCCGGAGCCGUAUGGUUUCCACUUAUAUGUUUGCACAGAUGCUUCCAACCACACGAAAUCGCAAAGGCGGAGGCGGCUUGCUCGUGCUAGGCAGUGCUAAUGUCGACGAGUGUCUCCGUGGAUAUCUGACAAAGUACGAUUGCUCGUCAGCGGACAUCAACCCUAUCGGCUCGGUCAGUAAGAAUGAUCUCAAGCGGUUCAUCGCUUGGGCCUCCUCUGAGUUCGACCUUCCAAUCCUCGAUGAGUUCCUCGAUGCAGUACCAACAGCCGAACUCGAACCGAUUACGGCAGACUAUGUGCAGUCCGACGAAGCCGACAUGGGGCUGACAUAUUCCGAACUCAGUACAUUCGGUAUCAUGCGGAAGCAGUACAAGCUUGGUCCGUAUGGUUGUUUCCAGCGCCUUCUUCAUGAUUGGAAAGACGAGAUGACUCCGCGUGAGAUUGCCGUGAAGGUGAAGCGUUUCUAUCAUUUUUAUGCCAUCAAUAGACACAAGAUGACGACCAUGACACCGGCAUAUCACGCAGAAGCUUACAGCCCAGACGACAACCGAUUCGAUCUACGACCGUUCCUGUAUCCUGCAUUCUAUGAAAGUUGGAGCUACAAAAAGAUCGAUGAGGUACUUGAGAAGCUGGAGAAGCUCCAGAAGCAGUGAGUAUUGAUAGAACUUAGUAGAGUAUACAAUUACAUGCGGUAAAAGAAAAAUAGAAUAGGAACGGUCACCGUACCUAGCUAAGCGUCUUUGACCAGAUAUCGCGAUCUACUGAUCUCCUGAUAGCACGUUUCCC